ACAUUGAACCUGGGUGUGAGAGGGAAAUGCAAACAUCUCAGACUCUGGUUGGCAGGUAACAAAGGUCGCUCAGAUCCCUCCCAAGGUGGAAAAGACUUCUGAACAGCUGAAACGCCCAACUCGGCUCGGCUCGGGCUGGAGAAUAAGGGGUUACGUCGCUUAUCGGGAUCCAUAAAAGAAGUCUUGAGAAGGAUUUUGGGUGCCGGUCUUCCUUCCUGGUUUUAUGGUGAUAUUAGGAUGUAACAUUCCCAUCUAUAGGCACUGAGGAUUAUCCGAUACGAGGAGAGGAGAGGCCUGGAAAAUAUGACUUUCCUGGAAUACUAUCUAAGGAAAAGGUGAAGAGUCAAAGGAAGAAAAGAAGACCAGCAACAGACCCAAUUCUCCGAUACUAAAGAUCAUUUCUGGCCAAAGGAGACAGAACACAGAUGAGCUGAAGGAUACCACCAUCCCGGCUCCAUUCAUGGUAUGACGGCUCCAAGUCCUAGAGAUCUUAUCAAGAGAAACACAUCCCUUUAAAGAUUUAAUUAGAGCUGAAUAGUUGAAGCCGGAAGUUAAAGCAUCAAUUUUUCAGAAGGAAAAUAUUUAACGCGAAGAGAUGGAUACAGAAGCGGGAAUUAAAAUCAACCUAAUGAGACAACGUAUGGACCAAAGCUAUGCUGAAAAGAAGAAAGGAAAGACAUCGCCCGGCUACGUGAUUGGGAUGUUAACCACCCUACAGCAGAGCGACAUCGCAUGGAUAGACGCGGAGCUGAGGCGUGGUGGUGAACACAUAAAGGAAAUCAAAUAUGUCAAUGUGUCUAACAUUAAGACAAAAGAUUUUGACAAGGCCCUUUCUGACUCUACAUUCUGCCUGUACAUCCUCACCGAACAGAAAUGGAAAACUAUCCUUUCUCCUACAGAGAGAAAAAAAGCUCUCGCAAGCUUUGGGAAGAAGAAGCCGAUUGUGCUAAUUGUAGACAUGAUAGACAGCAGUGAUGAGGAGAAGAAUCGGAUUAUAAAGGACCAGCCCAAAAUUAAGGACUAUAUGAUGGAUCUCUUCUUAUUCAAAAGAAUAGAAGAAAAAUCGGAGAUUCCGCAGGACAGCGGCAUUGGCCAAGGAUCUACGAGUUUCCAAGGUGGAUCUUUGGAAAACAAAUUACCUGAAGAAAAUCUGGAUCAACACAGAAAUCCAUACCAUCUACCACAACCUGCUGCCAAAGGUGGGUCAUUGGAAAGAAAUGUACCUGGAGAAAAUCUGGAUCAAUACAAACAUCUACCAUACCGUCUUCCACAACCUGCUGACUCAGGUGGAUUUCAAAACCAAUUACCUGCACCAAAACCGGAUCAAUACAGAACACCUUCAUACCGUCUACCAAAACCUGCUGGCGCAGGCCUUCACACAGAGACAACACAGAGAUCGCUAGACAGAAAACACACAGUGGGUAUUUUCUCCAGAUCAAGGGAACAGGAUUAUGCCUGGCUGGUGAGACUCCUCAAGGAAGUCUUCCAGGACGUGGUUGGGGAUGUGAAAUGUUGUUCCGUCUCCAACAAUGGACAACAGCAACUCAUGGAUGAUCUGUCUCAGUGCACAUUUGGCAUUCUUUAUCACACCAAGAACAGAGGGAGAGUCAACAUUACCGAUGUGGAAGAGGCUUUGUAUGAUGAGGAAUUGGAAACCAUUUCUGCUGAACUUGGCAGGAGAAACAUCAUUGUGGUGGUGGAUGAUCUGGAGGAGGACAUGAGCAGUGAGCUGGAGAAGACUCUGAUCCUACGGGCUCAGCCCAGAAUUAACAAACUGGCUUGUGAACUCUUCCUCAUUUCAGUGCCAGAGAAAGCCAAUACCCUGAUACUUUCCACAAAACUAAAACCGCUCAAGUUUAUUUUUGAAGGUGACUAUGCUAGUCUAAAAAUUCAGAACACUGGUAGCCCCGACCAUCACAGCCAUCCUCCGAGUCCUCGCCCUGUGCCUCCGUAUCCUGAAAAUGGUGCAGGUGACAACCAUCCUCCAAAUCUUCACCCUGUACCUCCGUAUACUGAAAAUGGUGCAGGUAAUGCUUCACCAGUCCAGUCAAGAGAAAGAAUACCAAGUGCUGCGACAGUAUCAUCCAAGUCUACGGUCGCCAUCUUCUCCAAAUCAGAGGAGAGUGACUAUGCCUGGCUGAGUCUGCAGCUCUCAUCUAUAGGUCUCGACGUCCGAUCUUAUAAGAUUUCAUCUUCCAAUCAGCCCCAAGAAACCGCAUUCCAGUGCAAGCUUGUAAUCUUGUAUCACAAUAUGCAUGAUGGGAAGUUACGUCUUACAGACGCCAAGGAUGCCAUGUACCACGAGGAGCUGGAAAUGCUCUCCAUUAAAUUUGGGAAGCGUAGGGUGAUUGUGGUGAUCGAUGAUCUGGUGGACAGCGAUGAUAAAAUUAAAUCUCAGGUCCUCGAGAGGCAGCCCAGCACCGGGAGAUUCGCCAGAGACCUUUUCCUCUUCAGUAUGAAGGAAAAAAAAACACCUCAACCAUAAAAACCCAACAAAAGAUGGAAAAAAGUUGAUGGACAAAAUCAGCGCAAUAAAGGAAUUGCUGAUCAAGUAAAGGGAGUUUUUAUCCUCCACAUUUUAUGCACAAUAAAAACAAAUGGCCGUCCAACACAAUCACACAAGAAAAGACCAACGUCCUUCGAGUUCCACCAUGUUCUUCCAGAAGAAGCCGUCAAUUUUUAGUGUUGCCAAAAUGUGUUCUGCAGAUCAAUUUCCUCAACUAGUGGACCCUAUAAAUACCAUUUAUUUUACCAAAACACCCAGUCUUCACGUCCCAUCAGCCCUCUGCAAAUAUGUUCCAAAGACUGAUCACCUUACUAUCGAAGAGCCUGUUCUAUGCUGGUGACAUAUUGGCUUCUCUUCGUUUCAAGUAGAAUAAUGAAUAAUUAUGAAUGACUAAAUAAGGUCCACUCUUAAAGCUGUUUUACUUUGUCGCUUGCACAGACUUAGGAGUGAAAAGAUAAAUAAAGUCAUACGCAGUCUUAUUAUUUC